AUGAGCUCGGAUGAUUUCUCAGCUAAAAAGUCGAAGAAGGCACCCAAGGCAGCAGCGUCGAAGAAGACUGUUGAUGCAGAAAACAAGUCAAAGAAAGCUAAAGGGUCUCACACGAAGACUGCUGAACAGAUGGUAACGGAAGACGAAUCGAGAGCUAUCAAGAAGCAAGCGAGGAGUUUGGGCAUCAUUUCUUCUAGUCCCUCUUGCGAGGAUAAAGAGUAUUGCAAGCUGAACAGAUCCAAGCCCUCGCAACAAAUUCGGAAGCACAGCUCCAAGAAACCACUUGAAAUUUUUAAGCGAGCCAACGUCCGCAAGAACAAAGUUCUCUUUGUAUUCCCGGGCUUGGUUUCCGUGGUGCAGGAAGGCAAAUUUGGACAGCUCAGCAACAUGGACACGAACCCUACAUUGGACAUUGAAUUCCCGCAAGGCACACUUCGUCUGACUGGAACGCAUGUCCACUCCAAACAGAAGUAUGUGACCAUGCUCCCGAAAGCCAAAAAAGUUUUGGCACAAGAUACUUUCGAUCAUUUUGUGGUAUUUGGGGGACGAAAAUGGCUUGGCGAUCCUAGUUCGGACCCAACCAAGCAGUCCUCAGAUUCUUCUGCUUUGCUUCAUAAGGAUUUUUCAUUUGAUGGUGGAGCAGGCUCUGCAGAGAGCUCUACGGCACCUCUGUCAAAACCGAGCAUUCCUUCUGCAAAUCAGACAGGAAAUCAGACAUCCAUCGCUUCGUUCUUCGACAGUUCGCAAGGGGAUUCAACAAGGGUGCGAAGAGCUGCAGCUUCUAAGGGUGUUAAAUACUCAGAAAAGGGAAGCGACGAUGAUGACAGCAACUUGGUGGAUGACGACGACGACGACGACGACGACGACGACGCCAACAGCGGAACGCGCUCCCCUGUCAAACUACCCAUUCCUGCUUUGCCUCAGAUCCCAACUCCGACAAGAACUUCAACAUCUGAACCAAGAAGAAAAUCGAGUUCUGCACAGCCAAAGUCAGACACAAUUGUCCUGGAUGAUAGUGACGAUGACGAAGAUUCCCAACCAUCUCAACCAUCUCAAAAGACAACUGCACAGAAAACUCCAAAGAAAUCAGCGGGCACUGCGAAUAAACAACCAGCCAGCGCCAAGAAGUCUACUCCUGCAUCUGCUACAAAGACAAAGAGGAAAGCAAAGGACGACGACGACGAUGAAGACGACGAUGAAUACGACGAUGAAGACGAUUAUCAGGCAAAGAGAAAGCCGACUCCAAAGAAAGCAUCUAAUACCCCAAAACGGACUCCAAAAAAAUCGACAAAGAAGAAGAAAUCAUCCGACGAUGAAGAGUCUUCGGAGGAGGAAGCGGUCAAUAUUUCUAUUAGAAUACUCGAGGUUAUGACAUUGAAUGUUGCAGGAAUCCAACGAUGA